ACUAGGUCAGCAUGGCAGCUGCAGCUGGCAAGUUUUGUAUGGUAUUUGUGACGGUCCCUACCAGAGAAGUAGCCAAAGCCAUUGCCGGAGGAUUGUUAGAGAAGAAGUUAGCGGCGUGUAUAAAUGUUAUCUCCGGAGUAACCUCCUACUAUGAGUGGGAGGGAAAGUUGGAGGAGGACAACGAGUUGCUCCUCAUGAUUAAGUCUACUAAAGAUAGUUUCGAUGAUCUUUCAGAGUACGUGAAAGCAAACCACCCCUACGACUGUGUCGAGGUAAUUUCGGCAGACAUUGAUCGAGGAAAUCAACCAUAUCUGGAUUGGAUCGAAAAAUCUUGCACAAAAUGAAUCAACAUGGUUACGAGCGUAUAUGUUUCUAUGAAAUUAAGGAUUAUGUGGAUUUGAGGUUAACAACUAAAGAUGAUUUGAAAAUCGGUCGAAUUGUUUUCGUAUCGAUACUAAAGGCAAAUUUUAUAUGUAUAUACUUUCAGUUAGGAUUCUUUAUUCUAAAAUAUUAUCCAAUGGUGAUCAGUUAUUUAUGUUUUUCUAAAAUGAUCUUAUCCCAUUUUUUAAUCGUGGUGCACUUUUUGAUUGAAAAUCUUUUUAAUUUCGUUACAUUUUUGAAUCAGCCUUCUUUUCACUGCGUCCAAUUUUCUUUUUAGUUAUAGCAUCUCAUAUUAGCUAUGGAAGUCUUAAAAGCUUGCGACAUUCCUCUUUGUACAAGUUAAUUCAAAACUAAUCUCAAUACCUCUUUCGUUCAGAUAGGACGAUGAAAACGCUUGCACAAGAGGGAUGGGUCCUGAAACCCAACAUUAGCAAAUCUCACAGUGAACUAUUGGACACAGACUUAGCUCACGUCGGCGCCAAAAUAAUACCUGCUGACUUUGCUAAUGUCACAAUCAUAGACGGUCCCAAGAUAUUCCAGUUUAAACGUGUAAAGGAUGUGAGCCAUACAAAGAUAAGCCACGAAAACGGCUCCAACAAGAGCAUGUUUAGAAUCACUUUGUCUGAUGGGAACAGCACUUGCUCUGCUAUGAAUCUUCAGCCCAUCCCUGGAUUGAGUGGAAAGGUAUAUCCUGGUACGAAAUUCAGGAUAAAAAGUGGCGGUGCUCAGGUUUUAGGAGGUUUUCUGUUGUUGACCCCGGCUAAUUGUGAGGUUAUUGGAGGUAGAGUGGAGAAAUUGGUUGAGAAUAUUGAAAAGAAUGAGAAUAUAUCUAAAAAGAAGUCCGGAGAAGAUGGGGGACCUCCGAAAUUUGUUCCCUUUGGGUCAUCUGCAAAUAACGGCACGGCUAAACUUCAAGUUACCCUGGAAAAGCCUGGUAAACAGGAAACCGAUAUUCAGAACGGAGCAGGUAGCAAUAAGACUGGUGACCAUGACAGGAAUUCACGGAACGAUAAAAAUAAUUCUGAUCGAGGUCAGAAAGGUGAUUAUCAGAAGGACAGACGGGGAAAAAGUUAUGAAAAACGAGGACAAAGUACAAGAAGUACAGAUGAUCACAAAGGACAAAGCUAUAGCACAGAUGCUCAGGGCAGUGACGACCGAGGGAGAAACAGAAAUAGAGGGACCCAUAAAUCAGAUUUUAGGGGGUAUAGCCGUGGAAAUUACCACAAUGACGACCAUCAGAGCAAUCGGGAUAGAAGUGAAGAUGGUUCCCAAGGUUCGGGUCGAUCGAGAGGGCGGGGUCGGGAUAGGGGCGAAGAUAAUUCUCACAGUUCGGGUCGGUCUAGGGGUCGUGGUAGGAAUAAAGGAGGAGAAUCGGGUCGAUCGAGGGGCCGUGGACGGGAUAGAGGAGAUGAUUCUUACAGUUCGGUUCGAUCAAGGGGUCGUGAUCGUGGUUCACGAGGUAAAGAUAGAUCGGGACGGGACGACCACUUUAUCUCUGACAGGACCCAAACACCAGGGUUCAGUUUGGGUGAUGUUUUGGGUGACUUCCCAGCACUUGGUGGAGCUAGCCAGACUGGUGGGGCUAGCCAGGCUAGCGAGGCUGUGAACCCUGCUUCUGAGUGGUCCAACUCUAGAGGGGACGGUGGAUCUGGAGGUUAUGAAGAUAGGGGAGGAAGCCGUGGAAAGUUCCGUGGUAACAGUCGGGAUAGAGGUGAUGAUGAUUCAGGUCGAUCAAGGGGCCGGGGUCGGGGCAGAGGUAGGGACAGAGACGAUUACUCUCCAGAAAGGGCCCGACCAACAAACUUUAGUCUGGGUGAUGUUAUGCAGGAUCUAGAUUUCCCUGCACUUGGGUCAGACAGCCCUGCUAGCGGCGCUGGUCAGGCAAGAGAGGAAGUACAGAGUGGCUCUGAUUGGUAUAACUUAAGAGAUGGUGGUGGAUCUCGAGGUUAUGAUGAUAGGGAUGGGAGAGACAAUAGGUCACGAGGUCGAGGUCGAGGAUCACAUGAUAGAGGGUCACGUGAUAGAGGGUCACGUGAUAGGAGUGGGAGAGGUUCUCGUCGUGACGACUAUUCCUCUGGACAAAGUAAACCUGCCGUUUACAAGGCCGAUCUGGAGUCUGAUUUCCCAGUCUAGGAGGGGGAAUCCCGGCUGCUGCUGCUGCUCCAGCUGCAACCAACAUUUCUACUAAAUCCAAGGGCCCAGCUUCUAAAAACAUCACAAACGUUAUGGUUGAUGAUGAAGGGUUUGAAAUACACGAUCACCUGCUGUACGAGGAUAACGGACCUCCUCGUCAGAUGCACGACCCCUCCUUCACGAGAAGCAGGGGUACAGCAGCUACCGCUCCAGCUCAGACCAAGUUGUGGAGGAGAUACGUGAGAUGACGGUGUCUGAUAAUAUGCCAUCUCAUAGUGGUAAAGAUAGAGCCAGUCACGGUGGUGGUAGUAGUACUAGUAGUGCUAGGGCUUCUAAAAGCCAGGAUAGUCGUAGGAAAGAUCCGGAGAAGAGGAGUGAUCAAAAGUAUCGUAGUGGUGGUCAUGGUGGUGAUUCCCAACAAUGUCACCGGGGUUAUGGCCACGAUAAUAGUUCUCGGCGAGACAACGAUCACUACGAUCAACAGUACGAUAAUCGUUCUGAUCAGCGACGUGACGAUCGCUACGAUCAACGGGACAGUUAUCGUAAUGAACAACGGAACGAUUAUCGCAAUGAUCGAUACGAUGAUAGCUCAAAUAUACAGUACACUGAUCGCCGUGAUGAUCGGUACAAUCCAGGAAGAACCACGUCCAACCGUUCCAACUUAACAGGCAACAGAGGACGGUCUUCUGGUGGUGGCUAUCGUAGAUAAUGAGGUAUUGAACUGAAAUGAUCUCGUGGUUGUUGAUGAAAUUGGACUAUUUUUGAAACACUUGCUUAUAGUUAUAUUUCCUAAAUUUUAGAAUUUGCCUUGAUUCUUACAUUUUUAACAGUUAUUUGUUAUUAAAUUGAGUGUAAAUUAUUUAUAUUUCUCAAAAUGUU